AUGGGCGAGAUGACGUCGCAGCUGGAGCGACUGGUGCACUCCCCCGCCGGGGCUGCCCUGGUGGUGGUCUCCGUCGCGCUCACACUGCUGGCCAUGGUGGCCUCUUCCCUGCGCACACUUGGGGGCCUGUAUCGGCAUUUCAUCCGAGGAGGACGGAAUUUGAGGCAGUAUGGCGAGUGGGCCGUGGUCACUGGGGCCACCGACGGCAUCGGCAAGGCAUACGCAGAGGCCCUGGCGAAGCAGCGUCUACGCCUGGUACUGAUCUCGAGGACCGCCUCCCGGCUGGAGGAGGAGGCCAAGGCGAUCACGGACAAGUUUGGCGUGGAGGUGCGGGUCGUCGCCGCAGACCUCACCUCCACCGAUCCCGCCGUCUUCUCCCGCAUCCAGGAGGCCCUCAAGCCCCUGGACGUCGGCAUCCUUGUGAACAACGCGGGCAUGUCCUACCCCCACCCCGAGUACAUGCACGUUGUGGGCGACGAGGACAUCAAGAACAUUGUGAAUUUGAAUGUUCUGUCCCUCUCCAAGCUCUGCCGCAUCGUCCUGGGGGGCAUGAAGGAGCGCGGCCGCGGCCUCAUCGUCAACGUGGGAAGCGGCGCAGCCACCGCCAUCCCCUCGGGGCCCCUCCUCGCAGUGUACACCGCUUCCAAGGCGUACGUGGAUGCUCUCAGUCGGUCGCUGGACCACGAAUACCGCGAGUUCGGCGUGCGCGUGCAGAACCAGGCGCCCCUCUUUGUCGCCACCAAGAUGUCCAAGAUCAGGCGAGCAGAGGGGCGAGCCCGCAUCGACGCGCCCACGCCAGAGGUCUGGGCGGCGGCCGCCGUGCGAGCCAUGGGCUACGAGACAGUCUUCUUCCCCUACUGGUUCCACGCGCUGCAGGCGGCCGCCGUGAAGCUGCUGCCCGCCAGCCUGGUGCAGUACCAGGUGAUGCAGAUCCACCGCAGCCUGCGCCGCGCGGCGUACCGCAAGAAAUCCAAGGCGGCGGCGGAGCUGCUCCGCGCUCGGAGCGGGAACGAGGCGGGCGAGGCCCCCGCGCCCACCGCCAACGGGGUCAAGAAGGACGACUGA